AUCGCUUUCCACACAGGGAAAAACAAAUAACUGAAGUAUACUGAUAAAGAAAAUUUCACAAACCAAAAUACAAAUUUUCCAAGAAGCAGCCAAUGUAAUAAACUUUGUAGUAUCGUAUAUGAAGGAUAGGAAAGCGGUGACUAAUUAGACGACACCCAAUUGCGUUUUAAAUCUUACGCUAACAAAGCAAUCUAACAAAUUCUCAAUUAAUUUUUUUAAUACCUUCUAUAAGUGUGUGGUUUGUAAAAAUCAAAAGUUGGCAACAACAAAAUCAAAUUUACUAAAAAAAAUUUAGUCAGUGUUAAUUACUCGCAAUACCAUAUGGUCAUAUGGUCAAGUUCUUGGCGAUAGAAUAGUAAAAAAAAGUGAAAAUAGCUAUGUCGAAACAUAGUCAAUUUGAUUCUUCAGUGUUUUUGGUAUUAAUUUUUGUUUUCAUGCAAUGUCACCUGAUUAUGUGCAAACAUCAAGGGGAUAUUGUCAAACGAAUGGACAUCGCCACUUGUUUAGGAAAAUUUGACGUGAAAAGUGACAUGAUUAUAAAAACCGAAGAGUCCAAAAAAAUGGGUGGAAAAUUUUUAGAUAGUGCUGAUGCAUUGACUAAAGUCGAAUGCUUGCACUUAUGCUGUGAAACGGAAUUGUGUGAUGUUUUUGUGUACGAAGAAAAGGGUGAAGGUGAAUGUUUUUUAUUCAAAUGUGGGCCCGCUCAAGAUUUUCGAUGUAAAUUUUCUAAGCACGCAAACUAUACAAGUGCAAUAUUUUCCAUUGAGAAAAAAGUGCAGCCACGGCCAUUAAACACAUUGAAUAAAGCAAAUGUGCCGACUGUAGUGUUGUCACAAAAUGAAAUUGAUUUGAAAAACUUGAAAGGGAAAUCGGUUAAUUCCGUGAGCGUUAAAUUGUCAUCUAUUGAUGCAAUAUCAGCCGUUGAAACAACGACAAUUAAAGCAAUUACAGCAUCGAUGAAAAAUGCAACUUUGCAUUGUAGUCGCUUUCAAUUUCAAUGCCAUUCGGGAGAGUGUAUAGCUGUUUAUAACGUUUGCAACGGAAUACCGCAAUGCAAUGAUGCAAGCGACGAAGGUCCAGAGUGUCAGUCUAUAACACGAACUCCCGAAGUCACUCAAAAUAAAGCGUCAGCUGAUGGACGUAUACAACUUAUAAAUAGUAAUGUUCAAACAAGCGGAAAUGUUGCUAUUGGACACAACAGGGAAGAUCCAAUUUCUGCUCCACACUGGCCGAAUUUCAAUCAAUCGCCAGAUUUGAAUGUUGCCGAUGCCGUUCACCAAUACACCGAUGAUAAGGCAGGUUUACAGAUCACUGACACAGUCCAACAAAUUUCGAGACUUCAGUCAGAUUUAUCUCGAUUACCUGCUACAACCAAAGACAAUUGGAAUGUUUUGAACGAUGCAAAUAUAAUUUCAAAUUGGCCACAACAACAGAUGCCACAAUUUCCAAUGAAACCAUUGCAGUUUCCACAAAAGUCAACAUACACUCAAUAUCAGCCGGAUUUAUUACAAAAAACUGUAUCAACAAAAACUGAUCAGACACAAUUGAAAUCCCAACAGCAAUAUAAUGUAAAUUGGCCAAAUCCCGAGUCAAACGUUCCAAGCUUUUCGAAUGUUAAUCAUCCAAAUCACAACAACGAAGAGAUUUUGCCUGAAAAAGAUGCGAUUGGGAUGUUGAAAGACGUACCUGUACAUGAUCUGAAAAAAGAUGGCAAAAAUCUUAUAGUUCAAAAUAAAAGCGAAUCAAAGUCAACUGAAGACUCUGAUUACAUUAACGAAGAUGAAGAAGAAAUAACGACUGAACCACCGAAAAAGAAGAAAAAACACCGAAAAGUCAAUAAAAUUGGAAAACAACCAACCGAAGUAAAAAUAGCAUCAAAGUCAGAUUCAGCGAUCCAACAAAUGAAAAUCGUACAUUCCGAUUUGCGAGUGGAAUUCAUGGAUCAUGAUGGUGAAGCGGAUAGGCCGGGAGGAGCUGUAGUUUCACUGGCGUUAGGCAUUUUGAUUACAAUUGGUUUAGUAAUGGUUAUCAGCUGUCGGACGACAGCCGUUCGAAAGCGAAUAAGACGUGGCAAAGGCUAUGCGCAUGAUGCUGAUUUUUUAGUGAACGGACUAUAUCUUUAAUUUAUUUAUAAAAUAGCACAUAAGUAGCAACUAAUAAAAUCAUUGUGUAUUAUCCAUUUAAA